GCAGAGGAAUCGGCCAGUAUGCAAACAUGCCAACAUAUAUGGAGUCUAUUCGAAAGUUUGCUACUGAUAACGGGUUUGAACUAGAGGAUGUUAUACCUGAUGGGAACUGCAUGUUCAGGGCAGUUGUGGAUCAGCUAAAUGUGAACGGUGACUUAGGAUAUACUCCUCAGUCUUUGCGGUUAAAGGCAGUAAGAUAUUUACGACAAAAUCCUUGUCAGAGUGAUGGGAGUAAGUUAGAGGCAUUUCUAUUAACGGAGACAUGGGAACAGUAUCUAUUAAGGAUGGAACUGAAUUCGCAGUGGGGUGAUCACAUGAUACUGAAAGCCAUAGCUGAUGCACUAAACUUGAUAGUGGUUGUUUUUAAUGUCUUCAAAGACGAUAUUCGAAGGACAGAAAUCCUACCAGAAGGUACUCCAAUUACGAAACGUCAAAGACUUACAAUAUAUCUAGGACACAUUGGGGAAUUCCACUACUUGAGUUUACGUGAGCGCGACUGGGAGAUUUACUGGCCUUUCAAGUCUUUGAUAAGAAGGUAUCAAGUAUUCAGAAAAAUGACAUCACCAUCCACGAGCAAAAAAGAUAUUCGUGAAAAGAUUGAGAACAUGGGGAAAGAAGAUUUUUUAAUGGGUGCAGAGUUGAAGAUUCCACACGAAGCGGAGGCUUCAGAUCAAUUAUCAAUCUCACCCUCUAAGCCUAUCGAUAUACUGCCUGAACAAAAUAGAACGUUUGUUAGAUAUGGCCUAGCCCACCUCCAACUUCAGGAGAAUAGUGAAUCACUUGACUCGCUGCUUAUGGACUGUCAUGGAGUUGAUUCUUUAACUGGACUCCCAUUACCGCAUUUUUCUUACGUGAUAAAUUUCUUAUUAAAAAUACAACCAUUAACGUCCGUGGUACAUGUUUAUAAGCCGGAAUUUCCUCCGGAAGAAAAUAUCCCUGGGUUUCAUAUUCAGAUGAAUGGUGCUUCGGUUGAGGAUGUGAACAUUUGCAUGAAAGACGUUACCAAGGAAAAGAAAAUGCAGUACUACGAGGAUGUUAAAUUCAUAAAUAUCCCAACCACUACAAUGUGCGACAUGCUGGUAAACGUUGUUUAUCUUGUUGAUGCUAAUACAGAUAGAACACUACUGACAUUGUUAGCGGAUUGUGCGGAUACUCAUCCAGGGUAUUGUAGAUUAACUCCUGCAUUCCCAGAAAACAUGGUCUGGGCUGGCUUACUUUAUCGCAGAAAUUCAGAAGUGUAUCUUCAAAAGACGUCUAUACCGUCUGCGGUACAGAAUAAGCUAAAUACCUUUCAAAGUAAAAAACUGGGAUAUGGUUAUCACUGUAAUCGCUUUCCUAAGUCAGCUCGACCAUGGCACUCUAAACAACGGAAAUGCAAAUGGCCAUCUGAAGAUAUAAUUGAAGAAAUAAUGUCAGGUGGUUGCAUACUUGUACAAAGAGCUCACCCAAAUAGCGUACUUCCAGAGGUUGAGUGGAAAUUUGUGUUUUCAAAUGCAGAACAAGUUCUCUUGAAGAAAGCACUAUGUCAAAAACAAAAGAGUGUAUUUAAAAUGUUCAAAGUAACUGCAGAGUACCUUACUCGCCAUCUUGAAAAAACACUCAAGCAUAAGCAUUUGAAAAAUGUUUUCUUUUAUGCCUGUGAAAACAUUGAAAGAAAGGUAUGGGAACAAAAUAUCGGGGGGUGUUUGCUGUAUAUUUUUGGCUAUCUUUUAGAUUGUUUGAAGAAACGAAACAUACCACACUACUUCAUACCUGAAAAUAACCUUAUUGAUUGUUAUUCUGAAAAAGAGAUUCAAACAAUAGCCACGUAUAUAGAGGCAUUUCGUGUUUUACCAAUUCACUGCCUGGGAAACAUGUACAAAAGGCAUGGUUGGAAAAAUGUCUUCACGCCGAGUUUGGCGGUUUUGAAAGACUGCAAACAGUUUUCAGAGACUCGAGAUAUACGUCAUGCAUGGCUUAAUGUUUUCCUUCCAGCAUCUAUGAAGAUGGCAACGAGUAUAGUUAAUUUUGGAUUUUACGACCAAGCAUAUGAAUUAAUAUGCGAAGCGUACGAAGAUCUUAAACAAUCGCCACUAUCAAAGACCCCUUCAUUCGACCAAGUAUUUCAGGACUCACUGAAAUAUGUUAAAACUAGUGCUUGUCGUGAAGCUCUCGUUAAACUGCACAACAAGAAAUGCGGUAGAAAUGUUACAAACAAUAACCAGAAGUCAAAGAAUCGUCAAACAAUUAAUAUUAGUGAAGUAUUGCCAUUCAGUGUGGAUGAACGAAUAAGAGAUUUUGAAAUCCCAGAAACGCAAUCUAAGGUUCAGACGUUGAUAAUAGCUUGGCUAGAUUCAAAGGCAUAUGAAUAUUAUAUGGGUGGAAAAUGUGUAAUGGCAGAGGUUCUACUUCAGACAACUAUAAAAUACAUUAAAUUCCUACUGAAAGAGCAAAACGAGUUUGACGUUAGUGAAAUAGAGGACAAAAGUCUUCAAUCAGAAGUUUGGCAACAGAGAACAAGUCUGAUUACUCUCCUUUAUGAAGAAUAUUGGCAUUUGUUAGAAGCAUGUUAUGGACUUGGAAGUAUACGUUCCUUUGAUGAACAUUUGUCGGAUUUAGAAAACUACCAGCACUCCGUAGAGGGAUCAGACGAACUAUUGGCGUCAGUACAUGCAUUCCCUAGAAGAAUUCAUCCAUCAUUUCAUUUUACAGGUUCUAGAGAUUCAAGUCUAAAAUCAUUGUUUUAUAUGAUACACAGCAUGAUGGACUCAACAGAAAACAAUGAAUUUACACAUGGUUACAGUUCCCUCCCAGCGUCUCUGCCUGAGAUGCCGACUUGUCACUUCAACUCAGUAGUGCAAAUGAUAGAAAAGAAAAGGAACCAAUCUCAUUGUACAUUUACUGGAAUAUGGAAAACUGAGCAUGGAAUCAAAGAAAGCCCAAGUGAAAAGGAAGAAGAAAUAGAAAAUAAUUUUACUUUCUUUGAAGAUGAUUUUGAUCUUGGUUUUGACAGUGCCAUUAUGAAAGAUCAUUCAAAGGUUUGGAGAGAGGAAGAGAAUGAACAUAACGUUAAAGAGAAACUGGAGUUUAACGACUUUGAAUUAAAUAACGAGAAACAGGAUAUGCAAGAUUUAGAAAUACAGGGUAGUUUUAAGUUUAGUUUUUCAGAACAAGGAAAUACUACAACUGAAUCUAGUUACGAGGAACUUAAAGUCGCGGAAGUUUCUGGGGGAGAUGAUAUAAAAUAUACACAUCCCCAGACUAGGUUUAGCUGCAAAACAUAUGGGGAUUUUGAAAACUCUUCCUCGUGUUCUGAUCUAAAAUUAAACUUUAGGAGUUCGACAACAGACGGAACUCUAACAGAAUCAGGGACUCAAAAUAUUGUAAGCCAAACAGGAAAGAAUUUAGACAUAAAUAGAAAUAAAGGAUCAGAUUUUGAAUCGAAUAUAUCUUUUAGCAUUGACAUUUCUGGCAAACAUUCAGGAGAGUCAGAACCUGACAGUACCUCGAAUGGUGUCCAAGGUUCCACAACAAUGAAAGCUGAAUCGUCAGAAGAGAUCUGUGAUAAAGACCCAGAGAAAAUUCCACCGACUAAAAACGAACAGAAUGUACGUGAAGAACUUCAUAGAACUCCGUCGUCCUCAAGUCGUACUGAAAAGGACAUGCAAGAAAAAGAAAAGGAAGAAACCCAGAGUUUGUUGUCGACUAAAAGUACCAACCACAGCAACAAAAAAAUAUUUGCAGCCCGGCGAAAUCAAGGAACACAAGAUGGUGAUAACUAUUGGAACUUUCCCGAUAAUUCGGUGACAAGUAAAACGCCGGACAGAUCAAAUUGCUUUAAAACAUAUGGGUCGAAAAAAGCUGGAAAUAGUUGGGGCAAUUCGUACUAUGACUAUAAUAAAUUUAACAGCCUUUUUGAAUACUCACCUGCAACAACGUACUUUACGUACUAUACCAAAGCUAUGGAGGAUUUCGCUGAAGCUAAUGAUCUGGAGCUCCAUGACGUGGAAGCAGACGGCAACUGUAUGUUUCGCGCUGUUGAAGACCAGAUGAGAAUCAAUGCCGAAUUUGGACAUACUGCAAAAUCUCUUCGUCUGAAGGCUGUUGAGUACCUUCGACAAAAUCCAGAACAGGAGGACGGUGGUCACCUUAGGGACUUCCUCUCGACCAAAGAGACCUGGGAACAAUACCUGUAUAGAAUGCAAAGAAAUUCGUCCUGGGGGGAUCAUUUAACUCUUACUGCCAUAUCUGAAGCAUUUAGAAAAACCAUCAUUGUUUUCAAUAUUGGGAAAGAAAUUCGUCGAACCGAAAUAGUACCAAAAGUUCCGGGAAACUCGAGUGAUACCCAAUUGUUCCUUGGUCAUAUUGGUGAAUAUCAUUAUCUUAGUCUAAGACCUAAAACGUGGGAGAGAAAAUGGCCUAUUCAAGCUCAACUUUACCGUACGAUGUGGAGCCAACAUCAAAUACUUACGAAAUACAUCGAGGCAAAGCUAGACAUCAUUGAACUGAAAAGAAAGAUCACAUGCUACAAAAAUUGGAUAAUGCAUGACGAAAAAAUGCAGUCCAUCUUAAGUUCCAACGGCGAGGGAGAUAUCAGUGACAAUGAGACAGACCCACCUGCAGCCCAGCCCCAUAUUAAUCUUCCACGUGCAUCUACCAAUGAAGAAAUAUCUGAAGAUGAGGAAAAAUUUUUAAAUGAAAAACUGUCGAGCAUACAGACCCUUGUUCAGGAGCUUCCAAUUGGUUUUAAUUACAAUGGAUGGAUCACGCACAAAAAAGACGAUAAUCGUUAUCGUCUAGUGGUUGACCCCUUAUACAUCGAUCCUGAAUGUGGAGUACCCCUUCCUCAUCUGUCAUUUAUUUUGCAAUUCUGGAUGAAGGACACAAUUCAACUUCCAGUUAAUAUAGCCUUUCCUGGAACAUCUAAACCUGUUCCUGAUAACUGCGUUGUUGAAUACGCCGGGAGUUCUUGUGAUGCUACCAACGCGUACCUACCAGACCGCUCCGAAAAUGGAGUUUCAAAAACAUCAACCAGGUUUCCUUGUGAGCCAAUAAAAAUUUUCUGUCGUAAGGACAUUACUGUGAAGUUUACGAAUAAUGGAGAGACGAAAGAAAAUGAAAUAUUUGUAGAUGAAAGCGAAACACAUCCAGGCUACUGCAGACUUCGUCCAAGUGCCGAAAAUCAUGAACUCUGGGGCAGUCAGCUUUUUUACAUGGAUAACGACUGUUUUAUACAAGAAAGUGAUCCAAAUGAUUCAGAAGAUCUGCGUGAAUACCAUGGUUUUCAAAGCGACGAAUGGGUUCCUUCCAGAACUGAUUGGGCUACUCGCUCUCGACCCUCUAUGUGGCCUUCAGAUGAAUUGAGAGAAAAAAUCCAAAAAGCCGGGGUAAUCUUCAUUCACCGUCCCCACAAGUCUAGUCAGGAACCAACUGUGGAGUGGCAAAUCAUUUUCUCUAAAGCAGAGAAGGAAAUUUUCCUCAAUGUAUUAACCACAUGUCAAAAACAGAAUUACAAUAUUUUUAAAGUUCUGGUUGAUUUUCAGACGAAGCAUUGUAAAUUUCGUCUCUCUCCUUCGCACAUUAAAACUGUGUUUCUGCAUGCUAUGGAAAGUAUCCCACUCCCAAGCUGGGAUAACAAUACCGGCGGUUGCUUACUUUACUUGUUACAUCUCCUGUCUACUUUCUUAGGCAAAGCAAACCUUCCACACUAUUUCAUCUCCGAAAACAACAUGAUAGACCACGUUCCUGAAGAAUCCGUUAAAGAACUUAAGCUUCAAGUUGAUACAAUUAAGCACUUUCCAAUUGAAGUUUUGGAAUUUUGCUUUGAAAAAUAUGGCAUUAUCGGAACUGGUCUUUCAAAAGUCUUAGACGAUUUCGAAAGGUACAGAUUAAGUCGUGAUAUAUCCUGGACGGUAGAGUAUGUAUUCUUGGAUGUUGUUCAGAUGUGGACUUCAAACUGUAGAGAUCAUUAUAAUUUCAAUAGAGCAUUAGAUUUGAUCUAUCAAGCAUAUCUAGUGCAUCAGCACAUGGUUCAGCCCAUCAGCACUUCAGAUACUUCUAAUUUACAGACUUUUGUCUCAAAAGCUCUCGAAAGCUGGCCGGAGGUUGAAAGGUAUAAAUUAUGCAGAAUGUUUGACGACUUAUAUGAUACGAAGCUGAGCAGUAUGGGCAUAACAGAGAAUACGGUUUUCAUUAAGAGUCUUCUUGAGGAAGAAUUAAAGUCCGAAUUUUGCGACAUGCCAAUUCCCAUACAUUCAGUAGGUCACAAAGUCUACGAAGGGAAAUUACUGGAAGAUAUUGCGACAACCUGCAAUUUCUUGAAAAGAGACGAAGAAUCGUUGGUGUUUAUAAAAACAGCAAUUUCCCUUUUAAAGAAAGCGCUACAGGAGGAUAUUCUGGACGUUAGCCAGGUAGAAGACGCUACCUUAAAACUCGAAAUAGGCAAGAAGAAUUACAAACUUACAACCUCCUUAAACAACUCACUUGCUAGCUGCUACCAAAAGCUGAGUACCUGUUGCGUUGCUUCACAACAACAAGAAUUGAUGCAUCAGUAUAUGUCUGAUAUUGAAGCCCUAGCUGAACGAAUGCCAAAAAUGGUCUCUUUCGUGGAGAAGAUGUGGACUCAACUUGGACAAGCAGAAAAGGGAAGAGAGUUCAAGAGGAAACAUGGUGGAUUCCAGAGAAACAAUUGGUGUCAAAAUAAUAUUUAUGAUGACGAUAUAGACUAAGGAUAGAGAUAAAUAGCUUUAAGGA